UCAAGGAGGCUAUUGGAGAUGCCCAGCUUGUCUUCGUAGACCCCUGAUGCGAUGGAACUGUAGUUCUAGAACAGGCAGCAAGGGCUUCUUUUAACAAGGUUUUCGUUCACAGUCAUAGCAGUCUUCUGCCCUUUGAGACCGGCCUCUGCUCCUGCAGCCGGGAGGACCGAGUCUGCCUGAACGGUUCCUUGGUGGCAUGGGAGAGGAGAAGCUGAAAGGCUGGCUCGCCUUCACCCACAAGUGUGGCAGAUUGUCUUGGUUGUUAGUGUUUUCCUAAGACGACAGAAUUUUUAGAGUCUCCCUGGGACAUUGUUAUGGCUCUUCCACACGUGCAGCCCCCGAGCUUCUUGCUGGCAAGUUUGAAAGCGGAUUGUGUGAGCAAGCCCUUUCCUCAGCGGUGCCACGAUCUGGUGAAGGUGAUUGAGGACUUCCCGGCCAAGGAGCUGCACUGCAUUUUCCCAUGGCUGGUAGAAAAUAUUUUUGGCAGUUUGGACGGCAUCCUGGUCGGCUGGAAUCUGCGGUGUUUGCAAGGAAGAGUGAACCCCGUGGAAUACAGCAUCGCCAUGGAGUUUCUGGACCCCAGUGGGCCGAUGAUGAAGCUGGUGUACAAACUCCAGGCCGAGGAUUAUAAGUAUGAUUUUCCUGUGGCCUACCUUCCUGAGCCCGUGCGGGCGUGCAUCGAGGAGCGCAUCCUCCCAGAGUGCCCACUGUAUCACAACAAGGUCCAGCUCCCGGCCGCUGGCACUCAGGGCCUGCACUUGGCUCUCAACCCGUUUGAAUACUACAUGUUCUUCUUUGCCUUGAGCCUCAUCACACAGAGGAAUUUUCCUCUGUCAAUUCAUGUCCGAACUUCCGACUGUGCCUAUUUCCUUCUGGUGGACCGGUACCUGACGUGGUUCUUACCCACGGAAGGAAACGUCGUCCCUCCGCCUUCGACCACCCUGGGUGGUACCAUCCCUUCUCCCACGCCCAGGACCCCCGCCGUGCCUUUUACUUCCUAUGGCCUGCACCACACGAGCUUACUGAAGCGGCACAUUUCUCAUCAGCCCUCAGUGAACGCAGACCCUGCCUCCCAGGAGAUCUGGAGAUCAGAAACUCUGCUCCAGGUCUUUGUCGAGAUGUGGCUUCACCAUUAUUCCCUGGAGAUGUAUCAGAAAAUGCAGUCCCCUCAUGCCAAGCUGGAGGUUCUCCACUACCGACUCAGUCUCUCCAGUAGCCUCCACAGUUCUCCUGCCCAACCCAGCUACCAGGCCCUCUACGCGUACCAAGAAUCCUUUAAGCCCACAGAAGAGCAUGUGCUGGUGGUGAGGCUGCUGCUGAAGCACCUGCACGCCUUCUCCAACAGCCUGAAGCCCGAGCAGGUGUCCCCUUCCACCCACUCACACACAGCCAGCCCCCUGGAGGAGUUCAAACGAGUGGUCAUCCCUCGCUUUGUCCAGCAGAAGCUCUACAUCUUCCUUCAGCACUGCUUUGGCCACUGGCCCCUGGAUGCUUCUUUCCGAGCGGUCCUGGAGAUGUGGCUGAGUUACUUACAGCCGUGGAGAUACGCUCCGGAGAAACAGUUUCUGGCUGCAGACCCUCAGCCUCGAAGCAUCCCUGAGAAGUGGGCUCCCUUUGUGCAGGAAAACCUGCUGAUGUACACCAAGCUCUUCAUAGGCUUUCUCAAUCGCGCCCUCCGCACGGAUCUGGUGAGCCCGAAGAACGCGCUCAUGGUGUUCCGCGUGGCCAAGGUCUUCGCCCAGCCCAACCUGGCUGAGAUGAUUCAGAAGGGAGAGCAGCUGUUCCUGGAGCCGGAGCUGGUCAUCCCGCACCGCCAGCAUCGUGUCUUCAUGACGCCGCCCUUCUCAGGGAACCUGCUGUCCUCCUGGCCCCCCGCCAUCACAGACGCCUCCUUCAAGGUGAAGAGCCACGUCUACAGCUUGGAGGGCCAGGACGGCCAGUACAAGCAGAUGUUUGGCCCCGAAGUCCGGACCUUGGUGCUGAGACUGGCCCAGAUGAUUGCCCAGGCCAAACAGACAGCAAAUUCACUGUCGGAUUCCUCGAGUGAGACCUCGGCCAACCGGUCCUUUCUCUCCUGGCUGGGCUUUUGCCCCAUUGAUGUGAAUGGCACCUACUGCACUAACGAUCUGGAUGAGAUGGGCCAGGACAGCAUCAAGAAGACGGACGAGUACCUGGAGAAGGCCCUGGAGUACUUGUGCCAGAUAUUCCGACUCAGCGAAGCCCAGCUCACCCAGCUCAUGAUGAACGUGGGCACGGCGCCGGAUGAGAAUGGGAAGAAACAGCUUCCCGACUGCAUCAUGAGCGAUGAGGGGCUGGUUCUCACCCCACUCGGCAGAUACCAGAUCAUCAGCGGCCUGCGGAAGUUUGACAUUGAGUACCAAGGAGACGUAGAGCUGCAGCCCAUCCGCAGCUACGAGAUAGCCCCCCUGGUGCGGUUGCUCUUCCAGGUGUCCUCCGCUGUCAACCGCCGGUUUGCAGGCCACAUGGAGGCCCUCUGCUCGCGGGAAGACUUCCUCGGGGCCUUCUGUCGCUUCCACUUGACCGACUCGUUGCAGGCUGAGAAGAACAGGCUGAGCCCCGUGGCGCCGCACCGGGCUGGCCGUCGCCGCGGGCCCCGGCUCAGCCUGCGUUUCCUGGCCAGCUACCGCACUCUUUUCACCUUGCUGAUAGUGUUCUUUGUGGCAUCUGUGUUCGGCAUCGGGCCCGGGCUCUGCAUGCUCCUCAUCUCCGUCCUGUACCUCCUGUAUGCCGUCGUGAUGACGGCGAUCACCCAGAAGCUGAAGCCUCAUCAACACUGACGUGGCCGGCGGCAGGCUUGUCCUCCCCCGCCUGGGGCCUCCAGACCCGAGGGCGCUGUGGCCCACGGUCACCACACAUCUUGUGUUUGUUAAUAAUACAGCCGUGCACGUUUGCAGCUGCUGUUGUGUAGGGCAGCCAGAAGGAGGGGUGCACGGCACGUCAGGCUCAUGUGGAUCGACAGGUGCCCUCUGGCGGAGGGCUGACCAUGGGAGCCCGUGUUUGCUGUAAUGGGCAGGAAGGGCCUCGGGGCCAGGCAGCCAUCGUGGCCUGCAUUUUACUGGGCAGGGUCGUACUGGGGGAGGGGAGAUUGGGACGCCAGGGUCCUCCCCUCUCUGCUCUGCUUCUCCCCAGCCAGCUGUAAUAGCCUCCCGGGGAGGUUCUGGAUGUGCCGAGAGUGACGAGGACAGGUACGGAGAUGGCCCUGGCUCUCUGUCCUCCUCUCGGGGUUUAUCGGGUUCACCCUUUGGGUGCUUCUGGUUAUUCAGCAAAACCACAGUGAGGUUUCCAUGUAUAUUGAAAUCCUCUUUGUGUGGGAUCCCUGGGGAUGGAGGGCGGAGAGCAGGGUUGAGCAGCUAGGGGUUGGGGAAGAGACAUUUCCAGCUUGAAAUGUGUGCUGGCCAUCCCGACUCUGAGCAGGAAGAGAUCUGGGAGUGUCACAUGGACCCUUCCUCAGCUUCCUUAAUCCUCAGCCCUGCCCACAAGGGGCCCUACGGGUGCUGGGCUGAACCUGGUGUCAUCCUGAUGGGAUUUCCCCAUCCUAGACCUGAAGAAAGAGUUCCUAAAAACUCAUCAAAGGGAAAUCCCAAGCCUGCCAUUGCUUUUCCUCAAAGCUCAGCGUGGCUGAGACAAGGGGGAUGCCUUCUCUCCCCUUCCCCUCUCCUGGAGGAGGUAUUUUCCUCAGAGAUCAGUGACCCUUCAUUUUAUCUUGUGGAUAUGGAACCGAUGUUGUUGGGGAAGGUGGACAAUCAUACUCGCACAAGGGAAGGAGGCUGGCCGCCUCCCCAGCCUUGCAGCCUUCAUAAUGUUCAAGGUGCACAAAACCGUACAUCUUUGAAUGUCAUCCCUUGGGAAUGCCAGGGCUUUUAGGUGUGUCAGUGUUAUGGGGGCUCUGACCCCGGAGGAAUUGGUGUGCCUGAAGUCCAGCCUUUCUGGGGGAUUUGUGGGUGUCCCUCGAGGUGUUCUGGCAAACUUGCAAAGUGAAUUUUUUGUGGAGUGAGUCGUGUUUUCCUAGUGAGUUUCCAUUAUAAAACCAAAGACGUAUUCUGUUGGAAAAGUUUUGCACUCAGAUAAAGAGAAAGUUGUGCUUUGGGUUGUCUGAAGCCUUUGAAGGUGCAUCUUGAAGGCUCAAUGACAUCUGUCUUGCAUCAGACAGUAGCCGGAGCUCGCUUCCAGCCCUGCCGGCCCCAGGCCAUUCGGGGUUGUUGCUCUGGAGUUUCUUCCAGCCCUGACAUGGUGUGAUUGGUGGGGAGAGGCCCGUCACAUCGCUUUGGAGCAGCAGCGGUAGAAGUCAUGGUGAACCUGCCGCCAAUGCCCACCCCAUCCCUGCCCCUCCCAUGGCGUGGGCACCUCUGGCACAGAGCCCAGCACAGAACCGAGGAUCCUAGGUCAGAGGCACACUUCUCAAUCUCCAGAUCGUAGUAGGAAAAACAGCAGAGAAUCAGGGUUCAGAGCCGGGAGGGCCUUUAGAGAUCAUCGCGUGUCCACACCCCUUCCCAUUUUCCAGAUGAGGUAACAAGUGCAGAGAGGAGGGGUUGCUUGGUAACCCCAUUUCUCCCAGGCGAGGCCUCUCAUAACUCUCAUACAUUUUGCUAACGUCUUUUCCCAUUUAAGUGCCGUUUCUAACCCCCUUCCCAGACGGAGCACUUCCUUGUGACAAAAACCUGCCAUGUGUUCAUAGUAUUCUGUCCUGGUAGUCCCCCACCUCUCCUGUGAAGAUGAGAGUAAAAUCGUAGCCUCUUUCCAGGCCUGUGUUCUCAGUUCUGCUUCUUUCUCUGCAUUAGUGCCUGCUGAUCACGCACUUGGCAUCCUCUCUUUGGUCCGUGAGCCUCCUUCAUUUCCAGUUCUUCACUGACAUAGAGUUCUAGAGCAGGAAACAAACCAUGUUCUAAGAAUGCUCCUCUGCUAUAAGAAACAAUGACUAUGCAGACAGAGACUCCUAGGGAGACGUGGGUGAAUCGAUGCAGAAGGGAGCGAGUGGAAGGAAGGAGAGUGGUGCAGAGAGGUCUGCAGCGAGGUGGGCUGGGGAGCGUGGCCUGCUUGGUCAGGCUUAGGGGAUGGGUAGCUGCAUUAGCUUUGUGUGUGUGUUUUUUCUUUUUAACAUUCUUCCUUAUGCAGGGUGGGUCUGAAAAUGAAGAUGAGGUAGAACAACAAAGGACCCAGCAUUUGGGUUGCUCUGGGUAUUGCUGUUGGGCCUUUGCUUCUGGCCCGGGAGGGCGAGUCCCGAGUCAGGAUGGUUUAGUGGGACACUUGGGGGCGCCUCCGACCACACGGACGUGCCUGUCUUUUCACAGCUCCGAUGGUAAAUGUUCCCAUCUGGUGUCAUCUUCACCAGUUUGUGUGGCAGGAGGCAAAGUGCUGAGGCUUGCUUCAUUCAGUAAUUCUUUCAUCAAGCCUCUGGCGCAGUGGGUGGAACCAGUCCUGAAGCCAGGAAGACCUGAGUUCAAGUCUUGUCUUUGAGACAACAUUAAACUUCUCAAGGGCCAGCCCAUCUCUGUAGAAGGAGUUUCCUCUCCUGAGAGUUCUCUAUGCCAGUGAAGUCAUAGCGGUAGCUCCACACCCUUAUUAAAGAGCGAGGGUGGUUCCAUACUGCCGUUAAUCGUCAAACGUGUUAUCUGAAAAUUGCCAGUUCUUUGAACGCUUCUCUUUUGGAAAAUUAGCGGGUCAGUUCUGUGUAUUUUGGAUAUCUAACUCUUGCCAGCGAUGUUAAAUGCAAAUAUUUUCCCCACUGUAUGUCUGAUCCUCUUCUGUCACAUAGAUCUUAUUUGUGUAGAUGCUUUUUUUUAAAAAUUGCAUGUAGUCAGAACUGAGUUGAUUUUCUCAUAAUCACAUUUCUGACCCCAUUCCCUUCCAAACCGCUUAUGGUGUGACAUGUGAUUUUUUAUAUGCUGGUCGAUUAUUACUUUUACCACAUUUCAAAUUGACAUGGCAGUUCUCAUCAGAAAUAUUUGAUAGCGGACUAAAAAAAUAAAUCAAUGAAACAUA